UGAAUACUCAGAGUAGUCAUCCCUGACUAGCAAUCUGAUAGCAAUGUGCAAGUGUUAUAAAUAAAAACACAUUAGUAUGUAGUUAAUUAAUGAUAAGAUUUCCAAGUAGGCAGAGUAUAUAUCCUAGCUCAAGGUUCAAGAUCCAGCAGUUGUCACAGAGAGCGCAGAAUGACAGACAAAGAAGAUUUACAGUUGACAACCAUCUCGUGUGGGAAAGAACAAGGGAUGGACAAUCCGGCUUUUGUUAAGGAGGAUAAAUUAACAGAUGACCUCAGUGAGAGUGACAAAGAGGAGUCAGAGAAAGAGUCAAAAUCAUGCAUAAGCAAAGCAUGCAUACCCAUCACGGCCACAGAGACCUUCUGCAAGACACAUUCCAAAAUAAUCAAAUACAUUGCUUUGGGAAUACUUGCUGCAGGUUAUUUAGCAUACUUCAUUGCUGCAGUUUAUCUGGACUUCCAGAGAGCAAUUGCUUUGGUUGUCCUCACGUGUCUGGGAGUGUUUAUCAUCGUGUGUGAACUGGUGAAUAAGUACAAGGGUGAUAGCAUAAGGAGAUUUUUCAAGCCUGCACAAAGGUGUUUCAAAUCCAAUAUCAGAUGGCUAAAAUGGGUGUUCAUAGUAAUUGUGGUGGGACUGUUGGUGGCGUGGCUGGCAAUCGACACACGAAAGCGUCCAGAGCAGCUCAUCUCCUUUGCCGGUGUCUGUCUAUUCAUUAUUGCCAUAUUCCUCUUCUCUGCACACAGAACUGCAGUGAGCUGGAGGACAGUCUUCUGGGGACUUGGUUUACAGUUUGCCAUUGGCCUGUUUGUCAUUAGGAGACCUGGUCUCAUAGCGUUUGAAUGGCUUGGAAAGCAAGUUCAGAUAUUUCUGGACUACACAAAAGCUGGUUCAUCAUUUGUGUUUGGAGACCUCUAUGAGAACAUAUUUGCUUUCCAGGCUCUGCCUAUAGUGGUGUUCUUCAGCAGUGUAAUGUCAGUGCUGUACUACCUGGGUGUCAUGCAGUGGGUCAUCACAAAGAUUUCCUGGGUAAUGCAGGUAACGAUGGGAACCUCCUCUACAGAGACUCUCAGUGUGGCAGGGAACAUAUUUGUUGGUCAGAGGCGCCCGCUCCUGAUUCGUCCUUAUUUGAAGGACAUGACCGAUUCUGAGAUUCAUGCUGUCAUGACUGGAGGAUUUGCCACCAUUACUGGGAGUAUUAUUGCAUCAAUCACAUCAUUUAUUGACGCCUCAUCUCUGAUUUCUGCAUCAGUGAUGGCUGCUCCAUGUGCUUUAGCCAUCUCCAAACUAUCCUACCCUGAAACUGAAAAGAGCAAGUUCACAUCUAAGAGUCAGAUUAAAGUUGACGGCGGUGGUGAACAGAAUGUCUUGGAAGCUGUCAGCGGUGGUGCAUCUUCAUCAAUAGGACUUGUGGCCAACAUAGCUGCUAACUUAAUUGCUUUCCUCGCCAUUUUGGCCUUCAUAAAUGCUACUCUCGGCUGGAUGGGAGGCAUGGUGGGAUACCCAAAUGUCACUUUUGAGUUGAUCUGCUCCUAUGUGUUUAUGCCGGUGGCUUUCAUGAUGGGAAUUCCAUACGAGGAGUCUUUUACAGUGGCUGAACUUAUUGGCACUAAACUCUUCCUCAAUGAGUUUAUAGCCUAUGAGAAUCUUACAGAU